UGAAGCACUGUUGAGAAACAGAGGACGGAACUUGAAGAGAGCACCGUACCUGAUGGUUCAAGUGGAAAUCUGUUGGAGGGGACUGAUUCCAUGGACUGUACUGGAUUAAUCUUCAAAAUUAGACGAAUCAUUUGUGAAUGGUUUUGGCUUAUUGUAAAGCUUUUCAAUUCAAAGGUUUCUGGUUUUCAAUCUGGAGGAACCAAGACUAAGCUAUUGUUGCACAAGUAGGGAUAUCUUGCCUCUUGGAUACUGGAUCAACCAGAUUCAACAUUGUGACAAUGCCUGUGAUCGUACUAGAGGCCAGUGACUUCACCAGUCCCCUUUUCUUGGUACGGACAUGGGAGGUCUUAUCCGGAUGCAUCACCUUCAGCCUUGUGGCCUCCCUUGAACCUCCUAAGGCUCUGUCCGACCUCCACUCCACAUUCAGGAUCUUCUGCAUGUUCAUCUGGUGCUUCUUCUUCACCCUGACGCUCCUCAUCCACAUUCUCAGCAUCAUCCAGUUUCACAGCCUUAUCCCGGUAUCCUGGAAGAACCUCACUAUGACGACGGCAGUCUUAGGCGCACUCAUGGGUCUCAGUGCCUCUGUGGUUUUCGCCUGGAUGGUGAUGGAUCAUGGAGGGAGGCUGACGCGCACUGUGGCCGCUGCUGUGGCCUCAUGCAUCACCUUCCUGGCCUACUCCUCAGAGACUUACGUCCUUCGCACCCAAGCCCAUGAACAAAGAGGAUACAUGGGCAGCAACCCUGGUCUGCUGAAGAUACUCCAACUCUGGGGAGGCUGUAACAUGAUACCCCUGGUUAUGGAGGUGGUCCACAGCCAGGGGUCUGCAUCGGGACUACCUAGUGAAGUACUAAGUUGGCAGCUGUGGGUUUCCACCGCAUUGUACGGAGUCUGUGUUCUCAUGUCUCUCGUCACUGUUGUGGUGAUAUUAGGAGACUUAGCCGGGCGAUGUUUUUUACCUUUUGACAAAUUCUUGGCUGCUUUCAGUAUGAUUGGGGUGUUGCUCUACAUGGUCGCCACGGUGAUUUGUUUUACUAAGAUCCUGCAGCUGAAAGAACUCGGAAAUAGAGCCCCCACUGGAGUGACAGAACUGAUUAUCAUGGAAACAGUGGUUGCCAGUAUUACACUGUUAGCUUACACAGUGGACCUCGCCUUCUCUAUUAAACUGUUGUGUGACAGGAGUCAUGCAUAAAAUAACACAGUGAAUGUAUUGCAAUAUUCAGAUGUACUGUCCUGAAAAGUCAAGAAAAAAUCAUGUCAUUGGCAAGUAUGUAAAAGUCAAACUAAGUGGACACUUUUGCUGUAAACUAUUGCUGUGUUACCAAUGUAUAUUUCCAUAUAUAAAUUGCUAACUUAUAAGUCCUGUAUAAGUUGUUUAUAAAGCAAACUUAAAGACAAAAAAACUAACAAACUAAUAAUUUAGCAUAAUUGAUCUGACAUGUGAACGUAAGAGGCAGCUAUGUAUCAGGAGGUAGAGCGGGUCAGCCAUUGCAUGUUGUGUAACGUUGCUCCUGAAGGAUGUACAUAAGUAUGUGUGUGAAAGAGAAUUUGACCUUGAUAGACCUUUACCUCUGGCUGUAAACAUGCCAGUGUAUUUACCGGCCAGUCACGGGACAUUUAUGGUAUAAUAAACAUGUGUGAAUUGA